UGUCUUUUCCGGCCAUAUUGUAAUUAUCAGCUAUACGGCUAGCUAGUGUCGUUGGUAAAAGAAAAAGUAAUCUGGGGAAGAGAAAUAUUGUGUUUUUUAAAGAAUAAAGUGAAAUUGUUUUUAAAUUAAAUUAACCUUUCACAUACCACACAAAAAAUGGCCGACAACAAGAAUCAAGAUUGUGAAAUGAAUGGCGAAGAUUUUUCUCAAGACGUCAGCGCUUCAAAUAACGAAAAAGAAAAUGGAGGUACUGCCGGUACCACCAAUGGAAACACGGAAUCAACUAAUACUACACGCGAUGACGACAGAAAAUUGUUUGUUGGCGGUUUGAGCUGGGAGACAUCAGAAAAGGAACUACGUGAACAUUUCAGCAAAUUUGGUGAAAUUGAAAGUAUUAACGUUAAGACCGAUCCACAAACUGGUCGUUCUCGUGGUUUUGCUUUCAUCGUCUUUGCAUCUACCGAUGCCAUUGACAAGGUUAAUGAAGCCGGUGAACAUGUUAUUAACAACAAAAAGGUUGAUCCUAAAAAGGCUAAGGCUCGUCAUGGCAAAAUCUUUGUUGGUGGUUUGACGACCGAAAUCAGUGACGAUGAAAUUAAAACAUACUUCAGUCAGUUUGGCAAUAUUGUGGACGUUGAGAUGCCAUUCGACAAGCAAAAGUCACAACGUAAAGGAUUUUGUUUUAUUACUUUUGAUUCGGAACAAGUUGUUACUGAAUUGUUGAAGACACCAAAACAAAAAAUUUCCGGCAAGGAAGUUGAUGUUAAACGUGCUACACCCAAACCAGAGAAUCAAAUGAUCAUGAUGGGAGGUCGUGGCGGUCGAGGUGGCAUCCGUGGUGGACGCGGCGGUUAUGGACGUGGAGGUUAUACCCACCAAUGGUCCGGUGGUCCUGGUGCAUACCCUUCUUAUGGUAACUACGGCUAUGAUGCCGGUUAUCCCGAUUACUAUUACAAUGGCUAUGGCAGCGAUUAUGGCUACGACUAUGGCUAUGCUGGAGGUUAUGAUGGCUAUGGUGGUAGCGGCGGUUAUGGUGCAGGAGGUGGUGGUGGUCGUGGUACCGGUGGACCUAGAGGAGGUCCCAAAGGAGGUGUCGGCGGCGGUUAUCAAUCGGGCAAGCAAAGAGGGACAGGACGUCAGCCCAGACAUCAACCAUAUUAAUUUUAAUUCAACUUCCUUACUCCAUAACUACAAAACAUAAGCAAAGAUUAAAAAAUAUUUUUUAAUUAUAAACAAAACACAAACAACAAACCUAAGCAACCGAAAGUCUUUCUAGAAUUAUAAACGGCAUUAUGCUAUUGAGCAGCAUAAUAAUUAAAGCAAAAGAUAUCAUAGUUUAGUUCGUUGUGCGUUCUUUUUUCUACAAGUUAUUCAAUCAUAUAUUCUUAAACAAAAGAUCAGUCAUUCAUACAUCUCUAUUAAAUCCAUAUGUAAAAUAUAGUUCUUCAAAGACACAGGGAAAUUCUAAAUGUAUAAAACUAAUAUAUUGAACUAUCAAAACACGUGGAUUUCAUAUAGUUUUUUAUGGAAAUCCCGUUCUAUCGCCGUAGUCUAUAUAUUCUGAAAUUGACAAAUAACAACAGACACAACAACUACCAUUCCAGAAAACAAACUCAUUGCGGUUACUUUAAAAGCAGCAGUACGUACAUCAAGCCACAGACUUCAUUUUCAACCACACACUGUUUUUCAUCAUAUUACCCCGCAAACACACAUCUAUAUAUUCAGGCUUAAUUUCCUUUUUCACAACAUUACUAUUUUAUUUUUUUUUUUGCUACAGUCUAGUUUAAAAAUGUUUGUAAUAUUAAAUUUAAUAAAACAAAACAAUACCUUAAUUAUAAAGCCAGUUUCUCGGUUUACUAAUUCUCUAUUACUAUUGCAGAGUGUGCUUCAAAAUAAGUUUUUUUUUUAUUUUUAAAAACGUAUUGAAGAAACCCACCUCAUAUAUACAUAUACUAUAUAAAACAUAGAUACAUAUAUAACAAAACAAACAAAAAUAAAACCAAAACUUUACUUCAUUUAUGGGUUUAUUCAUUUCUUACCACGUUUUCUCUAAAUAUAUAUUUAUAUAUAUUGAUCCAUCAUACAAACCUACCUUUACAUCAUCGUAUCUAUUUACCACAUAAUACUUAAUAAAUAUUUUUUUUCUUCAUUACUAAAUCAAGCAGACUUUGAUUUUUAUAUAAGUUGUUCUCAUUUUUUCCACUUUAUUUUCCUUUGGCAAUAUUAAGUACCCUUGAUGAUAUACAAUUUAUACUAUUUUUUUAUUACUUUUAAGAAAUGUAUUGUAAUAUUCACAACACUUUAUAUAAUGUAAUAGAACAAGCAAACUUUGAACAAAAAAGAAGUUAUACAAACGUAAGAAAAUAUUGAAGAUUAAUAAAAGGUUCUAAAUUGAUAACAAAGACCACCAAAACCUAUACAAAA